GGGGCACGGGACACAGGCAGCAGAGCGCAGAGAAACGCUAUGUACCCGCCCGCCCGGGAGGAGAGGAGAGGAGAGGAGGAAUAACGAACAGCGCCGCCCUCUGCAGCUCGCGGCAGCUUCACGUCAGGCAGCGGCUCGCUCAGGAAAUUUAAACCCAGAGCCGUUCGUAACGCAGGCAGCAGGCACACGCAUCUUUCUGCUCCAAGGUCACCGAGCCAGGCAGCCUUCACAGGACACACACACACCUGCAUUCCCCAAAGUGAACAGUCAGCGUUGAGGUGGGCCAGUAAUGCCGCCCCCAGCCACAAGUCCCUCCGCCCUGCCCCCACCAGACGGAGGUUGGGGGUGGGCUGUGGUGUUGGCAUCUUUCAUCUCCAUAGGCUUCUCGUACGCUUUUCCCAAAGCCAUCACAGUCUUCUUUAAAGACAUCCAGAUCAUCUUCGAUGCGUCCUACAGUCAGAUUGCGUGGAUCUCCUCCAUCAUGCUGGCGGUCAUGUAUGCUGCAGGUCCCAUCAGCAGUAUACUGGUCAACACCUAUGGCUGCAGGCCCGUUGUCAUGAUGGGGGGCUGCCUCUGCUCCACUGGCAUGAUCAUGGCUUCCUUCUGUAACAGCGUAGUGCAGCUUUACAUCUGCAUAGGAGUUAUCGGUGGACUUGGACUAGCCUUCAACCUGCAGCCAGCACUGACUAUGAUAGGCAAAUACUUCUUAAAGAAGCGUCCCAUUGCUAACGGGCUGGCGAUGGCAGGCAGUCCAGUGUUCCUUAGCACCCUGGCUCCUCUCAACCAGUACCUCUUCAACCAAUUUGGCUGGAGAGGCAGCUUCCUCAUCCUGGGCGGCCUGCUACUGAACUGCUGUGUGGCUGGUUCCCUCAUGAGGCCUCUGGGACCGCCACCUAGUAAGCUCAAGAAGGACGAAGAGUUAGCCGCCAUUGCCACCACAACAAAAGAGAAGCGCACUUGCUGGCAAACAUUCAACAAGUACCUAGACCUAUCGCUAUUCAAGCAUCGUGGUUUCCUCAUUUACCUGUCGGGCAAUGUCCUCAUGUUUGUGGGCUUCUUUGCACCUAUUGUCUUCCUUACGGCCUACGCUAAAGACAUGGGAGUGGAUGAGUACUCUGCUGCCUUCCUGCUUUCAAUUCUGGCUUUUGUUGACAUGUUUGCCAGGCCUUCCAUGGGGCUACUGGCCAACUCACGCUGGGUCCGGCCCAAGAUCCAGUACUUCUUCAGCUUUGCUGUGCUGUACAAUGGGGUGUGCCACAUCCUCUGCCCACUAGUGGAAAGCUACACCGGUCUGGUGACGUAUGCAGUUUUCUUCGGCUUUGCCUUUGGCAUGGUCAGCUCAGUGCUGUUUGAAACACUGAUGGACCUGGUUGGACCUCAAAGGUUCUCCAGUGCUGUGGGACUCACCACCAUUGUGGAGUGCAUUCCAGUCCUCAUUGGUCCACCUCUAGCAGGGAAAUUGGUCGAUGUCACAAAAAACUACAAGUCCAUGUAUUUUUGCUGUGGAGGUGUCGUGAUUUUGGCCAGUAUUUGGCUCUUCAUUGGAAACUUCAUUAACUACAGACUAUUGGAGCGUGAGCGCAAACGUGCAGAGCUGUACAAACGGACUGAAACGGAAGAUCCGGACCAAGCUCUGGAUCAGAAGGAGGCUGAUGGGGAAGCCCAGGCGUCGGAGGACCUGGUCGACAAAAGCGAGAAAGGUGACGAACCUAUUCAGCGGGAAACCAACAUUUAGAUCCUUCUGCUCUGCCAACAGCUCACCCUGACUUCCACAACUACCUAACAACACCUUCCACUACGAUCAAACUGAGCUCCAAGCCAAGAGGUGCCUCUCGGUGUUCCACCAGGCUCUAUUCGGGGUCUUCUGCUCUCAAAGUAACUGCCAAAGCAACUGUUGUGUUGUAGGAGGCUAUGAGGAGUAUUAUCUGUUUGUCAAAGAGCAUAAGAGAAAUAUUAACCACAGAGAAAAGUGUAAGAUAACCGUAUGCAUGUGAGGGAGCUCAAAUUCAGAAAAUUUAAUGGAAAACAGUGUAAUACUAAUUGUAUUUUCUUUUUUUGCCACGUUCACCUCAAAUCGGAUUAACUGUAAAUACAAGACUGCAUCUGGGGGAAGCACAUUCACUGCAGACACCUAGUUUCAAUCACAAUGCAAGAUGAUAGUUUCUGUAGGAACUCCAAAAUUGUGUCAACUGAGAGCUAACAUUAGCGGCAAAUCCACACAUGCUGGCAGAUAAUUAAAAACGUAGUUAAAUUCAGAGUCAGACAAUCAACUCAGCUUAAGAAGUUUGUUACUGCUGCUACAGUUUAUUAAUGGUGGAUUUAAGUUAUGUCUAUUUGUCCCAACGUAUAAUAACAAAUAUUCCAACCUGAAGCAGCAAGCAUCAUUCCGUUCCUCCUCCUGUGUCUUCCGAUAUGACGUGAAUGCAGCAUUAGCGUGUCACUGCUGUUCAACAGCACCAGCAAAUGAAUUCAUGUUCAAAAUACUAGUACUUUUUUACACCACACUGAAGUCUUGUUAUACAAGGAAAUGCAAGGAAGUAAACAAGGAAGAAGUAACAAAAUUUCUCAGUGGUUAGACAGACCAUCUGUGAGUGAAAGGUGUCAGUUCUUGGUGAAGUUUUGAACACUGAUCCCUAACUGUGCGUUCACACCGCAAGCAACUUGGUUGAUGCUUCUUUUUACAAGUUGUUGACAGUUAGAAGCUCUGACUGUAGAUAAAAUCAAAUAAGUAGUUUGCAUACAAAACUAACUAAGCAAAACAAUUUUGGAUAUUCUCAUUUGCUAUAGUAAAUACACGCAUUCUUCAAGCAUCAACCUUUAAGAUGCCUCUUUUAGUAGUUUUUUUUUUUACAUCAAAGUUGUGGAGAACUUCUUUGAACUGCUUUGAAAGGCUGGAAUCAAAUGUUCCUAUUUUAGGCUGAUGUCCCUAAAAUCAUAACAAAAUGGGAGCCUUGGUGGUGGCAGGCGUUAAGCCUAAAAAGUGAUUUUCCGUGGUUGGUCAGCUCUGCAGGAAGGAAAAACUCCUGAUGACUUGUUGAUUGUGUUGCUUACAGUGUGAAUGCAGCGUUGGCAAUCCCAGUGCACCUGAAAUGGUUGAUCCAUCUGGUGAUAUGCGUCAAGCUAGAAGUCAAAAUUCUAAUUGCACUGCUUUUUAAAAUGGCAAAUAGGUGCCAUAAAAUUCUCACUUCCAUUAAUAAAGAACAGAUGUGUUCACAGCUGGUGACGCUGGUGCCCAUGUAUUAUGCUGCCCACCUGAGCACUGUAACAUCGUGUAGUAAAACCGGCACAGAUGUCCCACUUUUAAUACUUUCGAUCUAGUCGUAAAAUGCUUCCUGUAAGUCGUCUAGUGUUCCAUAUUGCACUCAUACACAGUGGACUGCACUGAAAGAGAAAUGCAAACAUAUUUAUUAAACAGCUGCAAUUAAAUGAGUUUAAUUAUGGUUGAAUGUAAUUUCCUCUGUGGGCCUUAACAAGGUAUUAAUGACCAAAAACCAUAGGCAUAAUAGUGGUUUUUCCACACAGAGCCCAUGAGCAAUAUAAUUUCUCAUAUUUUAACUUUUAAUGCAGAUAUGUGUAUACAGGGAAAUGUAUUUCUUGUGGUCAGCUCAACAGUCCAUUCUAUGAUACAUUGCCUUAAAUGUAAUGUAAAGAAUGCAGAGGAAUUGUACAGUGAAUACUUGGUAGUAUUAUACUGAGCUACCAGCUAUUUACUGUUAACUUUCUUUUAACUUUUGUGUUAAAUGUGACCCACUUUUUGUGGCUGUGUUUAACUUUUAAACUCACAAGAAAUCAGUGUAGUCUGCUCCAUUUGUCUCCUAACAUGUGUGUGUAAAUGUCUUUAUGUAAUGUUAUUCUGUGACUAAUUCACUAACAUCCACACCAGUAUGUUAAAAGAUUUGAAGGAACUCUACUGAUGCUACUAAUUACAGAAUGAUACUCAAGUAUAGUAUUGUCACUCGUAUUGUGUGCAAACAAAAUGUACUGGAUAAGCAUAUCACGUUACAAUUUAAGUGUUAUGAAUGUCAAAGUUGUUCAGUAUUCUAUCCACGCCAUGUGUUUUUGUAAAUGUCAUCCUGCUGUUGCUGUUGAUCAGUUUUCAUCCACAUCUGCAGCUUUGGUCUCAAACGCUGAGCAAAUGGGGUUCUAUCUCAGAUGUCCUAACAAAGCCAUUUUAAUAAGACAUGUUUCAAAGCAAUCAAGAACAAAAAGAAAAUGUUAUUGUCCCUUGUGUAUUAAGAAUCAUGAAAAUGGAUGUCCAGCUGUGUAGCAGUGGCUCUCAACAAUGUACCGUUGAAAUCCUCUCUGCUUUGUGGUGAAAUGGGAGGAAUCAGCUGCUGUUGUGUUUGGCUGGAUGCAAUCUGAGGGUAUCAGGGGAACAUUGUUGAGAGAAUAUCUGCUAUUCCAUUUAUUGUAAAUAAGAUGAUUUUCGAGGAUUUGUGCACUUUUAUCCUGGACUUGGGUCUCACUUCUAUUUCCAUUUUGAGAUGAGCUAGUCUUGUUUUUCAUUGCAGCUCCAGCAACAUGUGGACCAACCCAGUUUGUCAUUUCGUGUUGAGUUCAACUCUCCUAAUAGUUUGUCUGUUAAUUUAGCUACUCUGAUUCAUUCCCCCAUAAUGCACUUAGUUCACUAGCAUUUCAUGUAAAUAUUAGUCAUAGUGCCAUGUCUGUACUUUCAUUCACUCAACUCCAACGUCAC